CCCAUUAAGGCUACACAUUAACUAGCGGUCACAUUCAAACCACUGCUCGACACUGUUAUUCGAAAUGGCUGUGCUGUGAUUGAAGAUAACGGGUAAGAAGAUCACUUGAGUCAAAAGGUUCUGGGUUAAAAUCUCGACUUAGGCUGCUUCAUUUGGAGUUUGCAUGUUCUUACCAUGUUUGUGUGGGUUUUCUUUAAGGUUAGUUGAAGACUCUCACGUGUCGAUAGGUGUGAAUGUUAGCGAAGAUGAUUUUCUAUAUGUGUUCUGCAAUUGGCUGGCAAUCAGUCCGGGGUGUAUCUCGCCUCUUGCCCAAAACGUAGGUUGGAAUCGCUCCAGCUCACCCGCGAGCCUAAUGAGAACAAGCAAUGGGUGGAAUGGAAGAUCACUCAUGGAGAAAUUAAAAGCACCAAAUGAUGUGCUUCUUAAGUCAAACUGUUUCCAGAAUGACAAAGCAAUAAACACAAAUACCUCCUUCAGCAAAGUUUAACAAUGCAAUGAAACUCAAACACUGCGGGGCUGAAGAGAAAUGAAGGUUUUGCAUGCAUGUUAUUGCACUAUUACUGGUAAGCCACAUUUCCACCGAGCGGCACAGUUUUGGUCGGUUUACUACAGUGUAGGUUCGGAAUGCUAAGUUAGCCCUUAACACGUUCCACUGUGUGUUGUGUGUAGGCGGGAUUGGUUUUCAAGUGUUACAAACAAUUCAAGGUGAAGAAUGUCAAAGAGGCCCGUGCAUUGUUGGAUUUAUGAAAAUAUGUUGACACCUGCGAGCUAAAGGCGCAUCAGCACUAGCGAGUAAAAUGCCGAAUGUAAAAUGAGUAAGCUAUACAGUAAGGAAUGCCAAAUAACAGGGGGGAAACCCUGCAGGAAUGUUCAAGGGGGCGAGAGAGUGCACUAUAACAUUUUUCGGGUCUCAAAUGAAGGCCGUGGUUGGAUUUGCGCAACGCAGCCUCGUCAUGGGGAUGGCCGCCCUAUCAGAGACAGCCUGGGUGGGUGGGUGGAGUCACGGAGGCCCAUGACAGAAGAAAGCGUGCGCUACAGUGAGUAGGGAAAGCACUUCCCUGGUCAGCAGCAAGUUGGUGCGAUUGCAAAAACAACAACAACAACACAAGGACACGACGACGGAGAGCGCCGAGGGACGCUCGGUUGUAUGGCACCUCAGGUGUGCGUCAUGAAUCCUGCGCAGGGAUCGCCACCUUCGGCCGCACCGGGGGACACUGCCGCGGAGGAGCGCGCCUCGGGGGGAUCCGCACCCGAGCAGCUCGACCCGUCACCUGUCGCCAGGUGGAAAGGCAAAAGCGCGGAUCUGCCUUUCAGCGUGGAGUCGCUCAUAUCGGACCGGACGCACGCAAGAAAUCAACAAUCCACGGAGCCCGGCGUGCGGAAAGAAGAGGACACGGGGCGCACUUCGCCAGUGGAACUUCAUCGGUUCAAAGGAGAAAAUGUCGACGUCGACGUCAACGACAAGGACAGCAGCCCCUGGUCACAGUCUGCCUACACAUCACCUCCCAGACUCCCCAGCCCGAGCCACUGCAACUUGCGCAAACACAAGAACAACAGGAAGCCCAGAACUCCGUUCACGAGCACUCAGCUGCUGUCCCUGGAGAGAAAGUUCCGUCAGAAACAGUACCUGUCCAUCGCCGAGAGAGCGGAGUUCUCCAGCUCCCUCGGCCUCACAGAGACACAAGUGAAGAUCUGGUUUCAGAACCGCAGGGCCAAGGCCAAGAGACUGCAGGAGGCCGAGUUGGAGAAACUCAAGCUGGCCGCCAAGCCGCUGCUGCCGGCUUUCGCCUUCCCCUUCCCCCUGAGCGCAAACAUGGGCGCACCGGCCCUCUACGGGGCUGUGAACGGCCCGCGGGCCGCCCUGCCGGCACCAGGACUAUUCGGUGGAGCCUACGGGAUGUACUACUUGUCUUAACAACCAAUUACAUUGGACACAUUUGUGUGAGUGUGUGCCUUUGCCUUUAAAAUCGCCUCCUCUGCCACAAAGCAACAAACGUUAUCUUACGAAAAAAUAUAUUUGAGAAUAUUUAUUUAGUUAAAAAGAAAAAUCAUAUAGAUUUGUUUCAACAAUGAAUUCCACCAAUAGUGAAUAAUACAAGCAAUGAAAUAGCCGUUAUAUGAUGUUACAUUUGACUGGCCAAAUGCACAAGAGCAAAAGGCACAACUUUUAAAUCUUGUUGCAAAUAAGGUGUGUUUUAUCAAAAUUAUAUUUCUUAAAAACAACAGUCAAUUAUAUAAGACUGAUAGUAAAAAGUUGAAAUUGCGCUAAUUCUGUCAAUGUGUACAAACUAUGUGAUGAUUAAUUCUGUUUUUAGUUGUACACUUGCUAAGUGUAUUUAUGUAGACUUUGAACAUGAUUUACAAGCCAAAAAUGUAUCAUGUGACCUUCCUUAAAUUGUCAUCCAAAGAUAAGUAGCGUCCAAUAACUGGCAAAAUGCAAUAAAUGUAUUUAAAUUUAAAAAGCACCCAAUCUUUCCACAUGCAUGCACACCAUUAUGCAAGUCAGUACAUGUCUCCCCCACAUCAUUUUUUCACCAUUGACUUUUAAAUGUAAAAUUCACUUCAAAGGUUUUAUUUUUUUGUGAGCAGUUGUUUGAAAAGCUUUUCCAAGACAACAGCAGGCACCAUUUGUACUCGGAAAAAAAAGUUGACAACUUAUUUUAUACUUAAGAGUGAUCAAGAGUGUAUUUUAUAAUUGUUGGCUGAAAAAGCAUUUUUGGAAAAUUAAAGUC